AUGACUUCAUUGGGUAGAGUAUUAUCAAGUUUCGGAAAAAGAAGUCUUUGUACUACAGCUACUCCAGUUGAAGAGAUAGCAAAAAAAGUAAAUGUAUGUCUUAUUCCUGGAGAUGGAGUAGGCCCAGAAUUAACACAAUCUGUUCAAGAAGUCGUUAAACACACAGGAAUACCAAUAGCUUUUGAGGAAGUUUUUGUCUCUGGUAUUCAUUAUAAAAGAUCAACAAGAAUAUCAGAGGUAUUGGAGGCUCUUCGUAGAAAUAAUAAUGUUUGCCUAAAAGGAGUAAUUCAAGAAAGUGUUUUUAAUCGUGAUAAUGAACUUAAAGGUUUAAAUAUGAAAAUGAGAAGAAAACUUGAUUUGUUUGCUAAUGUUGUCCAUAUCAAAACAAUGGAAGGAAUCAAAACAAGACAUGGAAAAGAAUUAGAUUUUAUCAUUAUCCGUGAACAAACAGAAGGAGAAUAUUCAGCCAUUGAGCAUGAAAGUGUUCCUGGUGUUAUUGAAUGUUUAAAAAUAUCUACAAGACCAAAGAUUGAAAGGAUUGCUAAAUUUGCUUUUGAUUACGCUAUGAAGUAUAAUAGAAAAAAAGUUACCUGUGUUCAUAAGGCAAAUAUUAUGAAAUUAGGUGAUGGAUUAUUUUUAAAAAUUUGUCAAGAUGUUGCUAAAUUGUAUCCUAAACUUGAAUUUGAAUCAAUGAUAGUUGAUAAUACUUGUAUGCAAUUAGUUUCUAAUCCUGAACAAUUUGAUGUUAUGGUUAUGCCAAAUUUGUAUGGAAAUAUUAUUGAUAAUUUAGCUGCAGGACUUGUUGGUGGUGCUGGUGUCGUUCCUUCAAAAUCUAUUGGAUCUGAUUUUGUUAUGUUUGAACCAGGAAGUAAACAUUCAUUUCAACAAGCUUUAGGAAGAGAUAUAGCUAAUCCAACAGCAAUGAUCUUAGCCUGUUCUAAUCUUUUACAUCAUGUUCAUCUAGAUUCAUAUUCAAAUGCUUUAAGAAAAGCUGUAGAAAAAACUAUCAAAGAUGGUAAAGUUAGAACAAGAGAUUUAGGCGGUUAUGAUUCAUCAACAGAUUUUACAUUCGCCGUUAUAGAUAAUUAUAGACAUUAA